AUGAAGUUCUCUCUUGCGGCUCUCGCAGCCAUUGCGCCCAUUGUCUCGGCCCAUUACUUCUUCGACGCCCUCGUUAUUGACGACAAGGAAGAUACCCAGUAUGUCCGGUCCAAUACCCGUCCCGAGAAGUACAACCCAACCAAAUGGGUCAACCCCCUCGACAACAUGACCCCCGAUAUGCCCGACUUCCGCUGUAACAAGGGAGCCUUCACCUUUGCUGGCCAAACCGAUACCGCUGAGGUGAAGGCCGGAUCCAAGCUUGCCAUGAAGCUUGGCGUUGGUGCUACAAUGCGGCACCCUGGUCCUGCCUCCGUGUACAUGUCCAAGGCCCCUACCACCGCCAACAAAUACGAGGGCGAUGGCGAGUGGUUCAAGAUCUACCAGGAGAGUGUUUGCGACAAGAGCAAGGACUUUACCACAGAAGCCUGGUGUACCUGGGACAAGGAUCGUAUUGAGUUUACCAUUCCUGCGAAUCUGCCCGAUGGAGAAUAUCUGAUUCGGCCGGAGCACAUUGGUCUGCACGGUGCCGCUGGUGGUCAAGCCGAAUUCUAUUACGGCUGUGCUCAAGUCAAGGUUGUCGAUGGUGGAAAUGGAACCCCCGGACCUACUAUCAAAUUCCCCGGUGGUUAUAAGAAAGAUGACCCUUCGUUCAACUUCAGCAUCUGGGGUGGCUACAAGGAGUACCCUAUGCCUGGUCCGGAAGUCUGGACUGGGGAGUCGGGCUCCAACUCAGCUUCUUCUAAGGUGGCUAUUGACAAGGAUACAUCGGCGGCUACUACCUCCAGUAAAAAAGCUGAGGACACUGACGACUUCGCUCGUUGCGCACGCUCGUGCUUCCAGUACCUAUAA